AUGAGCCGAGAGUUGAGCCUCGAGAUCUCUCAGUCUACGGGAAGUCCAUCUAUGAAGGAAGCGAAAGCAGCCGCCGCCCCGGAAACAAACCAAGAAGACGAGGCCCAGGAAGAGAGCGCUUCCAACGUUCUCCGGAGAUUAUCCUCCCCGAUCUUCGGCGCGGCCGGCUUCAACUCGGACAGCAAGGACAGCAACCACAGUGACGGUGACUUCAACAUCAACGAAGAGUCGAGGGGUGAUGACGACGGCAGCGAUGACGAGGAGGAGACGGAGCGCAAGGAAGGCGCCGCCGAGGUGGUUCAGCGGUGGUGGCGGGAGUGCCGGCGCGCGUCGAAGCGCACCAGGGCCGUGGUUGCGGCGAGACCUGCGUUCGUUCGAAUCCAGCAGCUCUUUGACAAGGUAGCUUAUCAACGUCUUUAG